AUGGCUUCGUACGGCCAGGCGGCUCCUCGACCUGCCAGCCACCAUCAUGCCGCUGCAGCAGCGGCAUACGCAGCACAUCCCAUGGCAGCAGCGGCGCCGGCAGCAGUCCCGCACGCAGCAAUGCCCGGCCACGGCGGCCCCGUGCCCCCGCCCGGCACCUUUGCGCCCGGCACGAAGAUCCAGGUCGGCAAUCACCGCGUCGUCGUCCAGAAGUACCUUUCCGAGGGCGGCUUCGCACACGUCUACCUGGUCAAGCUGCCAGCCCCGAUCAACGGCACCGAUCUGGCGGUGCUCAAGCGCGUCGCUGUGCCUGACAAGGAGUCGCUGCGAGGCAUGCGGACCGAGGUCGAAACCAUGAAGCGCCUGAAGGGUCACCGCGCCAUUGUGACGUACAUCGACUCGCAUGCCUCUGAGCUGCGUGGCGGCGGAUACGAGGUCUUCCUGCUGAUGGAGUAUUGCAACGGCGGCGGCUUGAUCGACUUCAUGAACACCCGUCUGCAACACCGCCUAACUGAGCCCGAGAUCCUGACCAUCUUCGCUGACGUUGCCGAGGGCGUUGCUUGCAUGCACUACCUGCGCCCACCGCUCUUACAUCGUGAUCUCAAGGUUGAGAACGUCCUGAUCACGCUUGUUGGGAACACCCGCCGCUUCAAGCUGUGCGACUUUGGCUCUGCCGCCCCCCCUCGUCCCGCGCCGACCACCGCCGCCGAGUGCCGUGCCAUCGACGAGGAUGUCCAGAAGCAUACUACCAUGCAAUACCGCAGUCCCGAGAUGGUCGAUGUUUACCGCAAGCUUCCGAUUGACGAGAAGUCUGACAUCUGGGCUCUUGGCGUCCUGCUUUACAAGCUGUGCUACUACACCACUCCGUUCGAGGAACAGGGUACGCUGGCUAUCCUCAAUGCUAGCUACAAGUUCCCCUCCUAUCCUGUCUUUUCCGAUAGAUUACGCGGGCUGAUUGCUUGGAUGCUCCAGGAGAACCCCCAGGCAAGGCCUAACAUUUAUCAGGUGCUCCGCGAGGCUUGUGCCAUGCAGGGUCGAGAGCCGCCUAUCAAAGAUAUAUACUCUGGCAGGACACAGCCCACACCCCAACAAGUCAUUCCCGAGGUCGAGCGCAUGAGGCGCGGCCGCGUGCCCGCCCCUCAGCCAGCGAGUCGGCCAACCGCAUCCCCUCCGAAAGUCACAAACGGCGAUCCCUUUGCUGCGCUCGAUGGGAAAACUUUGCCAUUACCAGGCGCAGACGAGCUCUCGUCCAGGUUUCCCACACUUGAUGAGUUCACUUUGCUUCAUGACAGAGGGCAGAAGUUCAAUUUUGAUAGCAGCAAUUUCCCAUCUCCUUCGCUCCCACAGCAGCCGCUGCCACCGCAACCUCAGCCGCAUCUCCAGCAGAGAGUUGUGGAGAGACUGGCUGAUGAGGCUUUCCAAAUCAAACCUGUCGUCCUCCCCCCUGCGCUUGCGCCGGCUCCGGUGAGCAACAGACAGUCAGUCGAGAUGAAGCGAACAAGCAUGUACAAGCCGCCGCCGCUCGACACGUCGCUCGUCUCAUCGCCGCCUAGGCAGCCAGAGAUCAGCCGCGCCUCGGCCAUCAUUCAGAGCACUCCCGAGCUCCAGGCUAUUUCAAACCAGGCGCAGGCAGCCAUGGCACAGGCAGAAGCCCCGAAGCCUAAGCCGAUCAUGGUGUCCACCGGUACGAUGACAUCUCCGACCCUGGAGCAAGCUCCGCCAUUCCCAUCUACUACUACUCGUGUCCCGUCAACUGAACGUCAUCGUGCAGCAAGCUUACCGAAGUCCCCGACGGGCCAUAACUCCUCGCUUCUUGGCGUCGAUUCGCCAAUGUCCCGCACGGCGAGUAGAGCUCCCUCUUACUCGAGUCUCGCGCGGCAACCGUCUCAUGAUCGCCAUCCGUCUUCGUCGCGGCCAUCAUUGGAAGGCGGUCGCCCGAACCUGGAAAAUGUGGACGUUGGGAGACCGAUGUCUCGACUUGCUGCCAAGCCAAGGCCCGUCAGCACGCACCUGGAGUCUAAUCUCGACUUCUUGCGAGAGCAGGAAGCGAGAUCUAGGUCUCCUGCUCUGCCAUCCCCUCGCCAUUCGCUCGAGAGGCGCUCCCUGGAAAGGAGCUCGCCGCCGUCGCCAGCGGAGCAGGAGACGACCAUCGAGUCGAACGUCGAAUUCUUGCGCAAACUGGAGGAACCGGAUAAGAAAAAGGAUCGUACCUCCAAGCACCUUAAGCGCAGCAGCCUGUCGUCCCUUGCUGGGGGGACCAAGGCUAUCCUCUCUGGCAAGUUCAGCGAGGCGUUCAAGCGCUUUGAGAGCAGUUCCUCGUCACAGCCUGCCCGCGCGCCGUCUCCUCUAAAAGAGCUGGAGCGCCGCGAGCUCACCCCGAUUCCCGGAUCAGAGCCGUCGAUCGAUGAUGGCAGCGAUGGCCGUCGUAGUCCCGACUGGGAAGAUAUGACCCCCGAACAGCGUCGCGAGCACGAGGCCCGUCUGCUGGCACAGGAAGAAGCCCGCGUUGCCGCUGCUCAGGCCGAAUAUCGCGCCCGUGUGGCCCAAAGGACUGACGGGACGAGCAACCCGACCCCGCUGCCCAAGAGCAUCGGCGGUGUUUCUCGCGCUGUUUCGAUCCAAAACAAAGUCCAGAGCCUGCUGGAAGAGAGCACGCGUUCUUCGACGACCGUCCCGCGGACCGCGCAGGGCUAUGGUCACUACAGCGAUGCCGCCCAUGCAGCGUCUGCGGCUACUGCUCAGUCAACCUCCGGCUCUCCUACUCGUCCCCAGACGUCGGCCGCAAGUGACGGCCGUCCGACUGUCCCACGCAAGCCUGUCUCUGCGUCCAUCGCCGCCGCCCAGAUCACUGGCUCCAGCAGCACGGUCCCUCGCCCGCCUACCUCAUCUUCCAUAGAGCCCUCGUCCACAGGCCGUAGUACCGUGCGCCCCGUCGCCCCUCCGAAGCCGACGCAUCUCAUCACCUCUGCUACCGGCGGGGCAGGUGGUGCUGGUGCGGGCAUCAGACCCCCUUCUCCCGGCAAACACCUCUCCCUGCCAGCUAUGCCCGGGAAGCUGAGGAGCACUGGGUCAAACCAGGGACUGGGUAUCAGCACCGGCACAAGUGGUAGCACCACUGAGGCGUUGCUUGCUGUGGAUCUGCCCGGUAUGAAGGGCCCUGCGCUGCUGGAGAUGACGGAGGCGGAGAAGGAUGACUAUAUUCGGGACUUCCAGAAGAGAUUUCCAAAUCUGGAGGCCAUCGAGAUGGUUGAGACAGAUGUCAGCGCGUGGGAUGGAAGGAGUAGUGCCGGAAAGGGGAGGGCGAGGUGA